CAUUUGCCCACUACACCUUCAACGUGCUGGAACAGAUUGCUCCGUCUACAAUCUACAUUUAUAAUAUACACACUCGUAAUAGCUGUUGUCGCGUCGCAAUCGAGGAACCAACGUUUCAUUCGUACCAAUUAUCGACACAAAUUAAAAAUGACAAAUCUCGCGCCGAAAAUUAAACUGAACAAUGGCCAGGAAAUGCCCGUCCUCGGCCUGGGCACCUGGAAGUCGUUCGAAUCGGAGGCCUACCAGGCCACCUGCAGUGCCAUUGACAUUGGCUACCGGCACUUCGACACCGCAUUCGUCUACGAGAACGAGACGGAGGUGGGCCAGGCGGUCCGGGAGAAGAUUGCGGCGGGUGUGAUCAAGCGGGAGGACAUAUUUGUCACCACGAAACUGGGUGGCAUCCACCACGAUCCCGAGCUGGUGGAGCGCGCCUUCAGACUGAGUUUGAACAACCUGGGACUGGAGUACAUCGACAUGUACUUGAUGCAUCUGCCCAUUGGCCAGAAGUUCCACAACGACAGCAAUGUCCACGGCACUUUGGAGCUGACGGAUGUGGACUAUCUGGACACCUGGCGGGAGAUGGAGAAGCUGGUGGACCUGGGCCUGGCCCGCAGCAUCGGCCUGUCCAAUUUCAACGCCGCACAGACGGAGCGUGUUCUGGCGAACUGCCGCAUCAAGCCGGUGGUUAACCAGGUGGAGUGUCACCCGGGCUUCCAGCAGCAGAAGCUGCGUGCGCAUGCCAAGCAGCACGGCCUGGUGAUCUGUGCCUACUGCCCGUUGGCCCGUCCCCAGCCCGCACGCCAGUGGCCCGCGUUCAUCUACGAUGAUCAGGCACAGCGGCUGGCCAAGAAGUAUGGACGCAGUACUGCCCAGAUCUGCCUGCGAUAUCUCAUUCAAAUUGGUGUGGUGCCUCUGCCCAAGUCCUCCAACAAGACGCGGAUUGAGGAGAACUUCAAAGUUUUCGACUUCGAGCUGAGUCCCGAGGAUGUCAAGGCCAUGGAGGGAUAUGAGACGGGACAGCGAACAGUCCCCUUCUCGGGCAUGUCGGGCCACAAAUACUAUCCAUUCAAUGACGAGUUCUAGACAUCUACCCUAAGUAUUUUUCAAAUAAAAUGUUGUGUAUUAUAACUGUGGAAUCUGUUAGAAAGGCGAGCUAAUCAGCUUUUGUAAUGGGGCUGCCUCCUUGAUAAAGGUGGGUACACUUUGGCAUCUUAUCUUGGGUAUGUAUCUCAUGACAGUAAAGUUUUGGGUAUUCGAAUUAAAAAUAGAUGAAAUGAAAGAACCCUCGUGUUAGGUACACAAACAGGUACAUGGAUGUAUGUAUUGAAUAGAAUGUGGCAAUUGCCUCCCAGACGCAUCACAAUCAUAUCUGUUCAAGUGCUGAGACACAGUUUCUUAUCACCAAAAACAGAUUUAGAAAUUGUGAAAAUCAUAGUGUUCCAUGGUAGGACGGGGCGACCUUGGAGAGUGAUACCAAUGUGACGAGUGGCAGCACCGAUCAGUCUUGAGCUUUCGAUAACCUGUCGACCCAGCCCUGGGAAAACAUAUGUUUGUAUGCUGUCGUUGCAGAGCACUAGUCCCCAGAAUCAGCGAAAUAUAUAGGAAAAAGCCGAAACAUGUCAAUAAUAUUUAAACGCAGCAUUCGCACACCCUGGCUUCUAAAGUUCCAGCGCUCAGCCGGGCGAUGCCACUGCCAAAACAAUUCCAAAGAACUUGCUCGAAGACAAACAAACGGCUGUAUUGCAGAAGGAGAAUGGAGUCACCUUCGAUAAGCGGCCGUUCAAGAUACACCUAGACAAGG